AAUCCACAAACUCAUCCCCAUGCAAUAGACAAUCAACACCCGACCACAAGCCAGCAAGACAGUCUUCUGUUAUUGACACGAUUGCCACAGUAUCCAGCAAGAAACUAUGUGCUCUCUUCCCGUAGAUGACAAGACCGGUCUGAAGGCUUUCCGCAUAGCGGGUCUACCGCCGGACUUCUACUACAUCCCUAACUUCAUUAGUGUGGAGGAGGAAGCGUCGAUAUUGCAAAAGAUCCCCUCCCAACGGUGGACACACCUCACCCACCGGCGCCUCCAAGCCCUCCCCUCCACUCUCACAUCUACCAAUACGCUCCUCGCCGCCCCUCUACCCACCUACUUAACCACGCCCAUCAUCCCCCGCUUCUCCGACCUAGGUAUCUUCGACCACACACCACACGGUCAACCCAACCACAUUCUUGUCAAUGAGUACAAGCCCGGCGAGGGCAUCAUGCCGCAUGAAGAUGGCGGGGCGUACGCUGAGGUUGUUGCGACAGUGAGUUUGGGAGGGGCGCUGUGCUUGGAUGUGCUUGCCAAACCCACAAAUGAGAAAGCAGAUGUUGUAAAAGGAGACGAAGAAGAGGCAAGGCAAGAAAUACCCGCGAAGAAUGACGGGGAACCGCUGCACCACCAACGAGAAAACACACUCAUCCUCCCUGCACGCAUCUUUCAAGAACCCCGCUCCCUACUCAUAACCUCAGGCCCUGCCUACCGCUCCCUGAUGCACGGCAUCUCCCCCAUUUCCGUCGACGAAAACUUGAACGAGGAUACGGUGGCGAAUUGGCCGUUGUUGAGUGAAGAAGGGAGAAGGGCGGUUGAAGAGAAUGGGGGCAGGAAUGUGAGGGGGACAAGGGUGAGUUUGACCUAUAGGGAUGUUAUCAAGGUUAGUAGGGCGGCGAGUAGGGUUUUGGGUGGAAUGGGAGGGAAGCGGUGAGAAAGAUGGGAUGGGGGCCUGAGCAGUCUUGUUGAGGGUUAGAUGAAGUUGAGAUCAGGCAUGUCGAGAUGUGUUCGUGUGGGAACUUGGUUGUUGAAGUAGUAUGAAGAUGCAUUGGAGCCCCCUACUGGUUGCAGCAUAUGCAGAUCUAUAUAUGUAGAAUCGUAAACAGCCCCAGACUCCAA